AAAUUGUAUAAUCGAUAACUUUGUCUUGCGAUUGGCUCAUCACUAACGUACUGGGUGUUCACAACAUUUGAGUAAAAUUUGUUUAAAACUAGAAAAAAUGCCCGAAAGCGACGUGACUAAAAUGAAGGUGGCAGAUUUGAAGCGGGAGCUCAAACUUCGUGGGCUCACUGUGAACGGCAACAAGACGGAACUGCAGGACCGCCUGCAGACAGCUCUAUUGGAGGGGGACAUUUCUCUGGAGGAUUCGGCCAUAGCAGAUGCUAUCGACGACGACGAUGUGUCCCUCACGGACGAGGAUGAGCACAAGCUGCUGGGCGACGAGAACGACGAUGAGCUACUCAAGAGUCCGGUUAGCACGCCCACGACAGUGGCCAUUCCGGAACUGCUGGCGGAGGAUAAGACGGCAACGGAUGCAGCUCCUGCUGGGCCGGCCAAGAAAAUAGUGCUAAAGCGAAACAAUUCCCAGCAGUCCACGGGUACGGGGGCCAGCACGGGGACAACGCCGUCCAAGGAGAACGAGGCACCCGCUACAACUGCUGGCGACUCCACCGAGGAGACUCCAACCAAGAAGCACAAGCCUAUUGUGGUGGGGCCGAAAGCGGAAGGUGAGAAGCCAUCCGGCGACAAGAAACUCACCCAGUUGACCGCCCAAGAGCGGUUGGAACUGCGGGCCAAGAAGUUCGGAUCACACGUCGCAUCCCCAGCUGUUUCCACCGCAGCAUCCACAGUUGCCGUAGCCAUCAACAAAUCCUCGAGCGCCUCCAUUACGGCCAACAAGGGCAACAAAGAGACGGAGGAGCAGCAAAAGGAGGCACUCAAAAGGCGCGCCGAACGUUUCGGAUGCGUGGUGCCCGAAAAAGCACCUAAAGCCGCGACCGAUGACCGACUGCAGAAGCGAAAGGAGCGGUUUGGAGCAGGAGCAGCAGCCUCCGAAGCCACCUCGACGGCCACAACAACGGGAUCGAAGGAUGCCUGGUCGGAGAAGGCGCGCGCUCGCUUGGAAAGAUUUAAAAUAGCACCGGCCGCAGAAGCCACCAAAUAAGCCACAAAAACAAAUCACUUAGGCAGGCAAAUACAAUUGUAAAUCCUUCCCGGCGUAGGAAGUUUAUGCAUUCAUAUAUAUUGAACCCCAAAGCCACCAAUGCUUGUAGUAUUUAAGACUAAAAUUUCAGUAAAAGUACAUCUCAGCGUGACAGUGAA